AUGUUCGUUUCUGUGCGCGCGACAAAAAAAAAUAUAAUUUCUGCAUUUUUUCACCAACUCAAUUUUAAACGACAAAAAGUUUUUUUAUCAAUUAAAAAAAAAUCUCUUUUAUAUUUUCUUACAGUGUAUGUAAUAACAUUUUUAUUGUUUAUAAAUUUUUAA